UUGAACAUGCAUGAAUUUGCGCCAAAAAAUAAUGCGCAUGUGCUGAAAAGUGCGCGGUACUUUCAUUUCGUCUCUGCUUAGUCCACGUGUAAGUUACCGUCGUUUUCUGGCCUUAAAUCUUCUCAUCAAGUAGCAGUGAAUUUGUAAAUUGAGCCUCAGCCAGCCUGAGACACAGUGUUAUUCAAAUAGGUGAUUCUCAUCCUGUGUGCUGAGGGACAUCAUCAGUAAUAUGGCCAAUUGCGAUUCUGAUCCUGUGGCAGGUUUCCAGAAUGCACAGGUUGAACUCCAGUCAGCAAAGAAGAAGUAUGAAACGUACAAGGAAACUUUGAGAAAGAUUCCUGAAGAUGGAGUACUUCUCGGCGAGAUCAUAAAUGUCGAAUUGAGCAGCAGUCGGAGUAUGCUGAACCUCGUGGACAGUCUUGAGAGAAUGGCCAAGCCGAGGGCCUUCUGCUGUGGGGGCUGGGUUGAGCUGAUGCAAAAGGAUGCUGGUGCUAGACUCCAGAUGCAUGCAGAUAAGCAAAAUGAGUUUGGAUGGCCGAUCACCCAACUUCCUGUGGAAGAGCUUCUUGAGUACUGCACUCCAGCUCCUUACGGAGAUCUUGAGAAGCAGGAGACUGUGUACAAUCCCAAUGUGCGUCUGGCAUCCGAGUGCCAAGCCAGUAAAUUCAAGUUUGCCAGGAAACCUGAUCCUAAGCCCAAGUCCAGAAGAAGAAAGAAGAUGGAAGCCCAUCCUCCGCAGGUUCUGCUCGACUACAAACUAAACUUUCUUCCAAUUAUCAGGAGAAAGGUUAGCUCUACUCUCGCAAAUGAGAAGGAUGUCACUCUACAGUGCUACAAGCUGAAUGUCUAUGGCAUUGGGGGUUUCUUCAGUGCUCACGUUGACACUCCUGUUGAUGCAGCUCGUAUGAUCGGGACGGUGGUUGUGUGCUUACCUUGCCCACACACCGGAGGAGAGCUAAUUGUCAAGCACAAAGGAGUCAAGGAAGAGUUUCUCUUUGCCAACCUGUCUGCUGAUCAGGGAAAGAUUCAGUGGGCUGCCUUCUACUCUGACUGCGUGCAUGAAAUCCUGCCGGUAAAGUCAGGACAUCGCAUCACUGUCACCUACAACAUUUUCCGAAAGAAACCCAGUUGGUCUGACAGUGGGUUUGGAUCUUGUAAAAAUCAUAGCUUCUUCUCGGGCCCAAAGAUCGCAGCCGAUCAGAAUGCAACCUUGGACAACAUCGUCUCGGAUGUCCUCAAAAUUGCCCAGAAGAAAAAUCUGGAGCAAUUGGGCAUAUUCCUGCGGCACAAGUACACCAUGUCGGCACUGGCCAAGGGGAACCUCAAGGGCUUGGACCAGGUCCUGAGUGAUGGUCUGGCCUCCAGAGGCUUGACCUGUCACCACCUGACUGUCCUCGUCCAUGAGAAAGAUGAAAUGCCCGACGAGUUAGGCGAGACGUACCUGGAUGAAGACGACAGGAGAAAGGUAUUCGCCUUCAGCCGAGAGGACAUGCUGUACGUGAACAAGCAGGGACCCAAACCUCAGCACGCUGGGUGGAAAGACGUGGAGUUCAUCAAAGACUGGAGCAAGGGCAAGGUCCUGGUAGACAGGAAGGAAAUAGAACCGCGCAACUGUGGAAACUACACCGAGCCAGGAGAAGUGGAUCAGCUCUACUUCCAGUCUACCGUCAUCAUUGACAUCCCUGAGAGAUCUGAUGAGCAGCCACCUGAAGAUGAUGGUGAUGAUAUUCGACAGGAAGACGAUGAGGAAGACGAUGGAGACAGCUCAAAUGGGAGAAAAAGAGCCAGGAUCAUUGCGGUUUUCCCAGGUUCUGACUCUGAGUAACCUAAAAUAGUACCUCAUCUUGAGGCUUCUGUGCAGUGAUUCGUUUGAAACACUUGCUACAUCUGCCUGCCACUGUGCCGAAUAUUAUAUCAUUUGCACAUAUGUACAAAUACCAUCUUGAAAAAUGUGAUUCUUGCUAACCCUAACCCCUUGCACUUCCUCAGGACUACCCUGCUAAAUCCAACAGAGCCCAAGCAGAGUUUCAAGUUCAAUUCACUGUGACUUAUUUUUAGUUGCCUGCUGAAUCCAACAUUUUGCAUCAGGAAUGUGCACAAGGGGUUAACUGCUCAAUCCAAUAGGCUCCAUCGGGUAUAUGAUAUAGUUGGAUCCUGUUGGAUUCAGCAGGGUUAAUCAGAAAAGAGGCAACUGAUCAGUAGACCAUUCUUUGGUAUUGUGGGAUAAAAAGGGAACCUUUUUUUUAAACAUGAGGGAAAGAAGUAAUAUUUUAACCAAACUACCCUUCUCAAAACUACUCUUGUGCUUUGCAAGUGAUUUGGGUGAAUGCAGGACUGAAUGUGUAGAUUGCUGUCUUUGUCACCUAAAAGAGACCUAAAUUUUGUUUGAAGCAGUAUAUGCGAGUCAUUACCAACUCUUGUAUUUUUGCCAGAUUUAAGGAAAAAAUCCUCGAAAGAGUGCCAUGAAAGUUAUGGUCGAGAGAGACAAGCUUUUGACCAAUUCGCCGAAAGAAUUGUGUUCAUACAUAAAUUUCAUUUGAUUCCGUCAAGCUAAAGUUUGUAAGAAGCCAACAUCUAAUUUGGAUUUAAUCUCGGUACAAUUUUUUGACAAUGAUAUAGAUGUUUAACCAUUGUUAUCAAAGAAACCGUUGUUUUCUUUUUGCAAAAUCCUUUGAAAAGAUAAAUGCAACGUAAAACUUUUUUUUUUUUUCAGUGAUGUAUCAGUGUUAGUAAAAAUUGAGAUGACUUUAAGGAAGGCCAGAAUAUGAACUUUUAAAAUUGAGAAAAUCUUCCACAAAGAAUUUUAACUUGUUGCACUGUUCCUUAAAAUAAACAUUUAUGUCUUUUCUACACUAAAUAAUAUGUUAAUAAAUGCAUGCCUGUUACGUUUUAUGUUACUCUCCGUGAAAGUUGCUAGACUAAUUGAUUUGUAUGAGAUUUAGAGGAAUUGGUCAGUAGGCCCAGCAGAGGAAGGGGCCUAUAAAAAGGGCUUGAUAAUAUGAGUUUUAUAGAAAACAGUUAAAGUGGUGCUUCCAUAUUCCAUAUUUACAAAUGAGCACCUGCUAAAUGUUUGAAUAUCUUGCUUUUACUUGCCAAAAUAUGUUUAUUUCAGUCAUGUUGAUUUUUUUCCAGAAAUUUCAGAUUCCUUUUUU